AUGGACUUAUACAGUUGGGCUUCUGUCUUAGAAGACGUUGUCGGAAAAUACUCAACUCCUGCUGCUACAUUUUGGCUCAUUUGCACAUCCUUUCGUUUAUUUACAGUCGUUCAAGUUGUAAUUGAUACAUACGGAAACGAAUACAGCUUCGAUUGCGCUGCUGCUGUUAAAGACAACGUCGGAUGCAAAAAUCAGUGCUACAUGCAUUACGCGCCCAUUUCUUUGGCUUCUUUUUGGACCCUCUCGAUGUUCACUUUGAUGGCUCCAUUUUUGUUCUUCAACACUUUGCUCAAAUGGAUCAACCUUCGCAAUGAGAUCAACGCCGAGAAAAACGUCGCUCCAAGUUUCAUGACUCGGACAAUGUCGAUAACAAGAAAGAGAAAAGGCCGCCCAAAAGAGCAAAUUUGGUGUCCCCUGAUUGCUCUUGGUCUUGUCGUCAAGAAAUCGCUUUCAAAUAUAUUUUUUAUUUUUUGA